AUGAAAAAUCGCAAGGCGGACGGAACUCCGCGAACAGACGCCCAUACUCACACCGUUUAUCGAAGCCGAAGCCGAUUUUUCGUAAUUUGGAGAAUUCGUCGAAUUUAUUCAUUGGUAUGUCUCCUGAUGAUCGAUUAUCACUUCAAGGAGGAACUCAUUAAAACCCGUGAAAGGGUCGAAGAUCUAUUUUCUUUCGAGGGGUCGAAGGUUGGUCGCGGAACAUAUGGUCAUGUAUAUAAAGCACAACCUCGACAUCCAGAACAAUUGCCUAAAAAUGGUGCUAAGGAAUUUGCGCUAAAGCUUAUUGAGGGGCAAGGUUUUUCGAUGUCAGCUUGUAGAGAAAUCGCUUUACUUCGUGAACUAAGGCAUCCAAAUUUAAUAAAAUUACAAAGGGUAUUUUUGACGAAUGAAAGGAAAGUUUGGCUUUUACUUGAUUAUGCUGAACAUGAUUUAUGGCACAUAAUUAAAUUUCAUCGAGCAGCCAAACAAAAAAAGCAACCUGUACUUGUUCCAAAAGGAAUGGUAAAAAGUCUGUUGUAUCAAAUUCUUGACGGAAUUCAUUAUUUACAUUCAAAUUGGAUACUUCAUCGAGAUCUGAAACCAGCAAACAUAUUGGUGAUGGGUGAGGGCCCAGGUGUUGAAAGAGGAAGAGUUAAAAUAGCAGAUAUGGGUUUUGCACGAAUAUUUCAUAGUCCUUUGAAACCUUUAGCGGAAUUGGAUCCUGUUGUUGUAACGUUCUGGUAUCGUGCACCUGAAUUGCUUUUAGGUGCCAGGCACUAUACAAAGGCUAUCGAUAUUUGGGCUAUCGGAUGCAUUUUUGCUGAAUUAUUGACAUCAGAGCCAGUAUUCUUUUGUCGUGAAGAGGAUAUAAAAGCAUCUAGCCCUUACCAUCAGGAUCAGUUGAAUCGAAUUUUUACCGUCAUGGGAUACCCAUCAGAAUCUGAUUGGCAAGAUUUAAAAAAAAUGCCAGAAUAUCAAAAGCUUACUCAAGAUUUCAAACGAUCGAAUUAUGCGAAUUGCACUUUGCAACGUUAUAUGGACAAGCAUAAGAUUAAAGCUGAUACACGAUCAUUCUCCUUACUUCAGCGAUUACUUACUAUGGAUCCAAUAAAACGAGUUACUGCUCAAGAUGCAAUGGAUGAUCCAUACUUCAAAGAGGAUCCAAGGCCAACUGCGGACGUGUUUAGUGGAUGUGACAUACCGUACCCAAAGCGUGAAUUUUUAUCUGAUGAAAACGAUGAUAAAAGCUCAUCAGCUUCUAAAACUCAAGCUGCUCCACCACCUCAACAGAGUCAGCAGGCCAUACCUGUCCAUCCACAACAACAAAUUAUGGAACCUGCAGCAAAGAAAAUGCGUCUACAAACAAAUCAGAUGCCUCCAACCCAGUCUCAGAUGGAACCGAUGAUGAAUGCAACAGGCCCUUUAUAUGGAACCAGUAAUGCACAGGAAUACCCAACGGUUGGUUCAGGUCCUGCAGUUGUUAAUAAAGGACCUAUGAAUUUCGAACAAUCGCAGAUAGUGCAACCGCAACAUAUGAAUUCAACUAUACCACAAAUACAAUAUGGGCAACAUCAAAUUAUCAAUCAAACGCCAACCAUGUAUCAGCAGCAACCUCAAAUGAGUAUGCCGCAGCAACAGAUGACCAAUUCAGCGCAAGGUCAGAUACAAGGUCGCCCUAUGCAGAUACCUGCGCAGUCAUCGAUGAUGCCACCAUCUUACCAACAACAAUUAAUGCAACCAGGAAUAAUGGGCAACCAACAAAUGAUGGCAGGACCAGCAAAUACUGUGAUGCCUCAGCAAAAUGGUAUGGGAGGUUCAGGACCUUUAGGUGGUCCUCAAGGUCAAAUGACACAUCAAGGCCCAAUGAUGCAACAGAUGCGUCCGCAAGUGCAGUUUGUUGAUCAAAAUGGACGUGUCAUUCCACAAAGUGCGGGAAUAAUGGUUGGUCAGUCUACACAGGAAAUUAUAUCUCAGCAAGGUCAAUAUAUGAUGCAACAACAGCAGUGGCCUCCGAUGCAACCACGAUAUCAGUGA